AUGACAUAUUUGUGCACAAAAUUAACAAAAGACAUACACGACUUACACGUACAGAAGAAAGAGAAAAUUGGGCUCCCGUCCAAAAGAAGUGGUGCAAUAGGACGCUUAGCCCAAGCUAAGUACACGCAAGAGAAAGCAGAGAGAGAGAGUUACCGGAGUGGUGGCUCGCUGGAGGAGGCGAUAGCCGGUGGGAAAUGUGGCUGGGUUUGUUGUGCAAUAAAAAUAGCUGCAGUUGUCACUGAAGUGGAUGUGGUGGUGGUAAAAUGGAGCGCAAGAAAGGAAGGCAAAACAAAGACAUCAAAGCUGUUGGUUUGUCGACAGAGUUGUUGGAAAUGUUUGACCCCUUGUCUUGCUACCUUACGAAUCAAUCGAAGAAGAAGCAAAACCGACGUACUGAGGUUAUGGAAACUGGGAGCCGCUACUGGUGAUUUAUCUGGGACCCUGAAGCAAACAGUUGGUGGGCAAUUGAUGCAACGCAGCAGCGAUAAUAACAACUACAGCAAGCUGAAUCAAAGUGAAAUACUAGUAAAGAAGAGGAGGAGGAUGGUUUUCUUCUCUCAAGUCAGCCUCGCCGACCCUAUACUUGGAAGGGAACUGGCUAUUGGGACACCCUUGAUCUCAACAAAAUCUGAGGACAUUCCACGGAGCCUGUUGAUUGCUGAGGAGAUUGCAAAUACAAAAGGGCCGUUAAGUUUGGUGGCUUUAUCAUGUGGAUCAAUCUCGUGGUUGACAUCUGCACAAGUGGUACAAGCCAGUGAAUACUUCAAAAUGAAUGCGGUUUAUGAGAUUGGAGAACUGUUUGAAUUGGGAAUCCAGCUCUCCUACCUGCUUAUAUUAUUGGGUCUACUUGGGGUUGGAACUUUCUUUGUGAUUCGUCAAGUUCUUGUGCGCAGAGAACUUGACCUUUCUACCAAAGAAUUGCAAGAGCAAGUACGAAGUGGUGAUGCCUGUGCAACUGAGUAUUUUGAACUUGGAGCAGUAAUGUUGAGGAGGAAAUUUUACCCUGCAGCUAUUAAAUACUUGCUUCAGGCGAUCGAGAAAUGGGAUGGAGAUGAUCAAGAUCUUGCUCAAGUCUAUAAUGCCCUUGGAGUCAGUUACAUCCGUGAUGGAAAGCUCGAAAAGGGAGUCACUCAAUUUGAGACUGCCGUGAAGCUACAACCGGGCUAUGUCACAGCUUGGAACAACCUCGGAGACGCCUAUGAGAAGAAGAAAGAGUUGAAGUCUGCUCUCAAGGCAUUUGAAGAAGUCCUGCUUUUUGAUCCAAACAACAAGCUCGCGUGACCCCGUCGAGAUGCGCUCAAGGACGAAGUUGAGAUGUACAAAGGAGUUUCUGUUAAAACAAAGCAAAAAUGAUGAUUUUCUCCUAGCUCGUGUAAUCCUCGUACGUUGAUCUCGAGUUUUGACAUUUAAUUCAUCUUCGUUCUUCCUCCUGCGAUCGCUGAUGUGAUGUUAAAGUCUGUUUUCUCUUUUUUGAAACAAAUAGAAACACAAUGCCUUACGAUGGAUGUCAAUAAGUUUACGCAUUCAUGUCUGGUUCAGCA